CACAAAAAUUAAAACCAUACCAAUUAGUACCUUACAAAGUGUGCCAACCAUGGAUGAAGAAGGGUCAAGGGGGAGGGCCAAGGAGGACGCCGGAGAUGUCCGGUACCGGGGGGUCCGGCGGCGGCCCUGGGGGAAGUUCGCGGCGGAGAUUCGAGACUCGACGAGGCAGGGUCAGAGGGUGUGGCUGGGGACUUUCAACACGGCGGAGGAAGCGGCCAGAGCCUAUGAUAGAGCUGCUUAUACCAUGAGAGGUCCAUUUGCAAUCCUUAACUUUCCUGAUGAGUACCCUGUGACUGCUGCUGGUGCCACUAAUGCUGCCACUUAUUCUUCUGCUUCAUCAUCAUCAUCCUUGGCCUCUUCUUCUCGGCAUGCCGAUGUGGAAGCUAGAGGAAGAAGUGAGCAAGGAAGAGAAGUGUUUGAGUUUGAGUACUUGGAUGAUAAGUUGUUGGAGGAGCUUCUUGAUUGUGAGAACAAAAAGAAAAGAGGACCCUGAAAAGGAGAAAUUAUUGUAUGGUCAAUAUUUUAGGUUAUAUAGUUUUACUGCAUCUCCACGUGACACAUCAUUAACUUUUUUUCAUAAAUUAAAAAGCACAAUUACGUGUCAAAGAGAGAUGAAUCGAAACUACAUGAUCUCGGACCAUACAAUAGUUUCUACCUUACAAGCUACUACUCCUGCAAGACAGUGUUACUAGUCCUAAUAAGUAGCUAUUAUGCAUGUAUGUCUUAUAUUUACUAAGUGGCAUCAUAUGGUGAUGAAGUAUGUCGCCAUCAAGUUUCUGAAUGGGCAAAAUGCUUAAUUUCACAAAUCUAACUGCACAAAAAGAGGUGAAUCCUUGUUUAUUAUUAUACAUGUAAAAAUUGGACACGAAUCUUUUUUUUUUUUUGUGUAUUUCGUGCAAUACAAACGUUCAUAUGACAAUGUUGUUCUAGAUUUUGGUCUAAAAUUUCAUGUCGUUCCGUGACUGAGAAGCAGUUAAGGGUUUGUUGUACGUAUA